CGUUUUCCGGGGGGAGGUUGACACAGACUGGAACGCCCAAAAUUAAAUCACCCCGACCAAUCAGGCAUUAGCGCGUAUAGGGGGCUCUGGGUAUUGACGCAAUUGCUUAUAAAUUGGGAGCGCAGACAUUUUUUGUUGUGAGGUCUUCUCCACCUCGGGAUGUCCGCCAUUAUCGCUACCGAUCUCUCUCUGACAAGUUUUCUCUAAAGACUUCCUGAGAUUCCUCACAAAAACAUCGUCGCGAGGAAGACAACGACCCAAGCUACAACCUCCCGAAGUUUUAGGAGAUUACGACGAUUUUGAGGUGGAGAAAUCGUCGCCGAAAGUUGGUGUGAACUGGGUGGUUCCACUGGGCCAGAGCGGUGUGUUUGUGCGAGGAGACGUGGCCCCUGGUCACGUGGUCAGGGUACAAUUUUAUUUUUUUCUGCGUCAAAUCUGGGAAAUUGUGGCCCUUGCUUCGUGGGAUUUUCCUGUGGAAGACCCAACCUUUCCAUCGCCGGUGCAUGAGGAGUGGAAGAGAGUCUGAGAGGUGAGCUAGAUCGACCAGAAGUUACCGGUUGGCGGCCGGGAAAUUAAAAAUUGGACGACAUCAAAACGUCGGUCACGUGCUUGGGGCGAAUUUUUUGGGGGGAGUGAAGUGGAAGAGUUCAACAUUACGGUGGGAAGGCGGGCUCUUGUGGCGGCCUGCGAGCCACGACAGCCAACAUUUCGGGCCUGACAGCAUUUCUUGUGCUUCUUGCAGCCUCACAGAAGCGUGUCGAUGCUGAGGGUAGCCGGCUCCCAGCGCCGUUGCCGCUGAGCCCGAGCUGCAUGGCUGCGAUGGCCCCGGCGCUCACCGAAGCUCCCGCCGCGACUCAGCCCGGGCCCCGCGGCCUCAAACCGGGGGCUGAUCCCGACAGUAGCGCCGAGCUCACCCGCUUGGACACCAAGCACGGUCCUGUGGAUGAGCUAGCCAGCCUGGAUUCACCGAGAGUAAACGGAGAACCCGACGGCGACAGGGCGUCCCUGCCCGCGAGGACGACUCUCCCUCCCUUCGUCAGCAAGGAGCUCAUCCAUCGGGGCUUGUCAGACAGCACAGCUCCGAGUUUACCAGUAGGACUGAAACUAAACUCAACCAAUUCCAUGAUCCUGAAGGGAAAACCUCUGAAUACGCCUCCGAUUUCCGACCAAAAAUCUGCGAUCUGUUCAGGUCCAGCCAUGAGUGUCGCAAACUCCAACACGUCUCCAUCCCAAAGUCCGUUGACACAAACCACGUGCAACAACGAGUCAGGAAGUCCAGCUAACGACAGUAGUAGUCACAAAACGGAAAAUUCCACCUCUACAAAUCAGGAAAGUAGUUCGCAAAAAGCAGAAAAUAGCAGAUCUGAUCAUACAGAAGACCCAGUUAAGGAAGACCCUACCAGUAGUAAUAGUAAGUGUGAGUGUAGCUGUGAAGAUGUAGCAAAAUGUAGUAGUACUAGUAGUAACAGUAGUCAGAAUGACACAACAAGCAAGUGCACAUGUGGGAAACAACAACAACAACAUCCAUCCCAGGGUUUGAACCUAGAACUAAGGGAAGCUAUAUUCACGGGUAGACUUUCCGACGUAGAAGAUCGACAAUUCGCGUUGCAGCGACGGUCGGAACGGCUAGAGCGACGACUUCGAAAACUCCAGUGUAGGCAAGCUGCUUCGCAUAGCAAGGUGCAGUUAGGAGCUUUCUUAGACCAAGCCUUGCCGCCGCAGUUGGAUUCAUCCAAAGUGGAGGUGAAAUCGGAGAUAGACCAGGUCAGUUUGGCAGGUAGCAGUCAGGUCGGAGCGGGGGAUAGUACGCCGCCGCCACAGCCUCAUCGCAGCGCCUCGCUUUUAGCUCAGCGUCUCCUAGCAACAAGAACGCCUCCGUUCGAGGGUCAGAGUCCCGGCAGCGAGGGGUCGUGGCGAAGGAAACUGUCGGGAGAAGUAAGUGACGUUACCGGCCGUCUUCAGACGAAUCUGAAGCACCUAGAGAGAUGUAUCGACUCAGACGCAACCGAGAGCAGCUCAGGUGGAGAGAGUGAGGAGGAGGAUGCGGUUGCCGAUAGCAACGCAGUACUGCACGAUUUUCCUCUGCACAAGUGUUCAACGUGGAAGUGGGCCAUGGACAGGGCGGCCAUCGCGUCGCGCUGGACAUGGUUACAGGCUCAGGUCUCGGACUUGGAGUACCGGAUCCGCCAACAGAGCGACAUCUUUCGUCAGAUCCGAGCAGCCAAGGGUCAGGUGGUUCUCGGUGACCCCGAAUCCCCGCGGGAGUUCUUUACCACCAGCAGGACAAAGCCGAACAGGAAAUUGUCGCCAAUCGAAGCCAAAAUCGCAAACCUGGAGAGAAGUAGCCAGCUGUCCCCGUGUAACAUCAGUCAGCUCCUGAGUAACGUGGAUAAGCAGGCGUCCAAGCUCACACAAUCACUGGGGAACUGCUACUCCCCUCGGACAGCCUCGCCUGUCGCUAGCACCGCUGCAGGGAGUGACAACAGUGGCGGGAACGGCGGCAGUUCCAAGAACAAGGUGCCCGCCCCGAAACCGAUGAAUGGUCUAGUGGACGGUGCGAAGUUUCAGACGGAAAGUGAGUUGUCGGAUCUAGAAGACCCUGCACACAAGAAGCUCAGGCUUGACUCGGUGAGCACGCCGCCGCCGGCCGCGAACGAUGUCACCUGUCAGUGUGCGAGGACUAGACCGGUACGGAGCUACCGGAAACGGAAGUUGUUGCGAACGUUCGGGAUGUGGCAGGUGUGUCGCAAGGCCUCGAAGUUGUCCACGGUACGGUGCGGGUGCACGCCGCCGAACACGCCGUGCGUGAUGUGCGGGGGAAGGCUGAACAACACGCAGAAAGUGGACGCCAACGUUUCGUCACAAGUCGAGAGAGUAGCACUCAUGGACCCAUCAUUCCAUCCUGUACUGUCAUUCCCACAAGACAUCCCCCUGUCGGUGCACUUCCAGUCGCUGCUGAAAACGGGAGACUGGCAAAACCGGCCGACGCCCAAACCUUCGCAAUCCAACAAGAGGUUGAAGGGUUCUCCAGUGACGCCGUCCCCCUCCCAGUACCAUCGGGCAGCCGACAACCGGGCGAGGAGAGUCAGCAAGAAACUGGCACAGAGCGCCGCCGCUGCGCUCCUCACUACUGCAAAGUUGCGAGGAAACAAGGUAGACGGUAAACAACUCUCGCGGUCGCUUUCGGGCUCGCUACCAUGCACGCCAAAACCGAACACAGCGGACAGCAACCGCCUCUGUCGGACGGACGCGCGGAAGAAGCGAGCGGCGGCCCAGCUCGCGAUCGCUGCCUUCAGCAAGAAGAACCGGUUGCGGAACCGGAGCCUGUCGCUUACGCAUGUGUCGGGGCGUGACCGGGGUUUCCACGCCACGCCCUCCCCAACCAGCUCGGACUCUCCCAACACCCCCCUGUCCUUGUCGUGUCCAGCCAACUCCCUACAGGAUAAGGCUGUGCUGAAUAAGAAGCGCCAGGGUCACAGUGCGUUUGACAUUAACAACAUCGUCAUCCCGUAUUCCAUGGCGUCAACAACCCGCGUCGAGAGGCUCAAAUACAAGGAGAUUCUCACGCCAAAGUGGAGAAAGGUAGGCAAGGCUGUGAAGGAGGAGCCUGAGACACCUGAGAAGGAGACACCUGUGGUACCCAACGGGACAGCUGAACCUGAGGAACAGGGAGAGCAGGAGGAGGAGGAAGAGGAGGAGAUCGAGGACCUUUCCGAGGAGCUCAUCUGCAUUCGUCACAACAAGUGCGAGCAUGCGGAAAAGCAGCGCUUCCUGGCCUUCGUCACCCACAAGAGCCGGUCUCGCUCCAACCGCACCAACAGCGGCACCCCGGAACCCGCCUCUCCGGACGUCAACCUCGAGUCGUCCAUGGGGACUCCCCUCAGCCUCAACAUCCCCUCCCCGCUUACCCCCGUGUCGAAGGACAGCCCGAUCAGCCCGGCCAACGUCACGCGACAGAACUCCAAAGGGCGGCGAAGCUCGACCGAGGAAGGGCCGCGGUCGGCCACGCCGUCUAUCGAAGACUUCGGCGGCUGGCUGGACCCGUGGCCGCGGCGAAAGUUCCCGCUAAACGAAGACGAGUACAACUUCCUGAUCAGUCCAAUGGCGCCACAUCCACCACCGCCGCCCGCCGCGCUCAGGCCGACAACAACAACGGUCACUCGCACGGAGACACCGCUACCGGAUGGCGAACAGGCCGCCCUGACGUUACCGGCGAUGGCUGCGGCACCGCUGAACGCAGACACGCCCCCAGCAGAGGUCAUGAUGGACACCGACGAUAGUGAGGACGACCCUGAAGAUCCGAACGAUCCGGAAUGGACGAUCGUUUCUCCCGCUCGAGCGAGAGUCAACACCACACGACCAUCCAUAGUACUGAGGCUUGCAAAAAGGUGAUAUCGCAAAAAAAAAAAAAUGACAAGAAGAAGAAAUGGAAGAAAUCGGUGUUUGCAGUAGUAGGGUUCUUUGUACAUUAUAUCAAAUGUAAUUCAUCCCACAGCAUUGAAUAGUCAGGCUUUCCCUGUAAACUAGUUCUUCAUUUUGUCAGGAUUUAAGAAAGUAAAAAAAAAACUGGGGAGGGAAUCUAAUGUACACACGGUGGAGAAGUAGACGAUACAUUGUAUAAAUGUAAAUACAUGGUGAUUUCUAGUGGGUUUUGUAAUUUACUUCUGACGGUGAAUGUGCCCCCCUCCCCACCUUACCACAGCGUGUACAUGUGUUCAACAGAGAAAUAUCCAGCAUGUUUGUUUUUUCAAAGAGUAUCAAAAGAAUUAUACCAGAUGAGCAGUAGAGAAAUAUAUGAUAAUUUGCUGAGGCGUUGGUGUUGAUGUACUAUGAGGAAAGAGAUACUGUUGUGUAUCUUACUGUGGGUUUGUGUGACGUAUUUGGUACUUGUGAGUGACUCAAGCACACCUGUAGCUCAGCGGCGCCCUCUAGCUGCAGCUUUCUUCCUUGCAGUUGCUGUAACAGUGCUCAAGACACCGAAUAUUCCAAGCAAAACUGUAGUAGAAGCGUAAGUUUUAGCGUACGAGAAAAAAUCAAUUGCUUAUGCCUCUGUGUCGCUGACUGGAAGUUAUUUUUUCUACCUGUAAAAAAAAAAAAAGAAAGAAACAAGGGGAAAAUAAUUGAUAUGAAUGUUCUGGAUUCGUGUGGCUCCUUGAGAUGCAGUAAACUGUUUUAGGUAGACUGUUUGCUGUCUUUCCACAGAGCAGGAAAGAGCAUACGCCCCUCUUCCAGCUAACAUUAUAGCGCAACAAGAUGUCUUUGUUCUAGACGAUGUUCUUGAUGCUUAUUAUACAUACAUUGAUUCUCUAAAAGCACGUUCAUCCAGACGAAAAGCCUUGUACAAAGUUGUGUAUGAACAGAAAGAAGCUGUACAUAAUACUUUUCUUCCCGUUCUCCGAGUAGAUUUAUCGACGUAGACUCUUGUUUUUUUUUGUGUAAUGCAUUUUCACCUCUUUUGUUCCUGUUCAUAUUGAUUCUUGUGGUGUAAAAAAAAAGAAGUGCGUUUUUUGGCGACACCUCGCAAGUGGAGCCAUGAAUGUCUUGACCAGCUGUAGUGGUAUGAGUUGUAAAUCUGGGAUGUUGGAGCACACUAAUCACUCUCCAGUCAGGACUGCCUUUUCUGGAUCAUGUUUAUAGCACAUAGUGCUUUAUUAAAAAGAUGCCAGGAUCAACUGGUGAUGAAAAAAUCUCCCUUAA